AUGGCUCUGUCGCGGGGGCUCCCCCGAGAGCUGGCCGAGGCCGUGGCCAGGGGCCGGGUGCUGGUGGUGGGCGCGGGCGGCAUCGGCUGCGAGCUCCUCAAGAACCUCGUGCUCACCGGAUUCUCCCACAUCGACCUGAUUGAUCUGGAUACUAUUGAUGUCAGCAACCUCAACAGGCAGUUUUUGUUUCAAAAGAAACAUGUUGGAAGAUCAAAGGCCCAGGUUGCCAAAGAAAGUGUACUGCAGUUUUACCCGAAAGCAAAUAUCAUAGCCUACCAUGACAGCAUCAUGAACCCCGAUUAUAAUGUGGAAUUUUUUCGACAAUUUAUAUUGGUUAUGAAUGCUUUAGAUAACAGAGCUGCCCGCAACCAUGUUAAUAGGAUGUGUCUGGCAGCUGACGUCCCUCUUAUCGAGAGUGGAACUGCUGGUUAUCUUGGGCAAGUAACUACUAUCAAAAAGGGUGUGACUGAAUGUUAUGAAUGUCAUCCCAAACCAACUCAGAGAACUUUUCCUGGCUGUACAAUUCGUAACACACCUUCAGAACCUAUUCAUUGCAUUGUUUGGGCAAAGUAUUUGUUCAACCAGUUGUUUGGGGAAGAAGAUGCUGAUCAGGAAGUAUCUCCUGACAGAGCUGACCCUGAAGCUUCCUGGGAACCAAUGGAAGCUGAAGCCAGGGUCAGAGCAUCAAAUGAAGAUGGUGACAUUAAGCGUAUUUCCACAAAGGAAUGGGCUAAAUCAACUGGAUAUGAUCCAGUUAAACUUUUUACCAAGCUUUUUAAAGAUGAUAUCAGGUAUCUGUUGACAAUGGACAAACUAUGGCGGAAAAGGAAACCUCCGGUUCCAUUGGACUGGGCUGAAGUACAGAGUCAAGGAGAAGAAAUCAAUGCAGUAGAUCAACAAAACGAACCCCAGUUGGGUCUAAAAGACCAGCAAGUGCUAGAUGUAAAGAGCUAUGCAUGUCUUUUUUCAAAGAGCAUCGAGACUUUGAGAGAUCAUUUAGCAGAAAAGGGGGAUGGAGCUGAGCUCAUUUGGGACAAGGAUGACCCAUCUGCAAUGGAUUUUGUCACCUCUGCUGCAAACCUGAGAAUGCAUAUUUUCAGUAUGAAUAUGAAAAGCAGAUUUGAUAUAAAAUCAAUGGCAGGGAACAUUAUUCCUGCUAUCGCUACUACUAAUGCGGUGAUUGCUGGGUUAAUAGUAUUGGAAGGAUUGAAGAUUUUAUCAGGAAAAAUGGACCAGUGUAGAACAAUUUUUUUGAAUAAACAACCAAACCCAAGGAAGAAGCUCCUAGUGCCUUGUGCACUGGAUCCCCCCAACCUUAAUUGUUACGUAUGUGCCAGCAAGCCAGAGGUGACUGUGCGACUGAAUGUCCAUAAAGUGACUGUUCUCACUUUACAAGAUAAGAUUGUGAAAGAAAAAUUUGCUAUGGUGGCACCAGAUGUCCAAAUCGAGGAUGGGAAAGGAACAAUUCUAAUAUCUUCAGAAGAGGGAGAGACAGAAGCUAAUAAUCACAAGAAGUUGUCAGAAUUUGGAAUUAGAAAUGGGAGCCGGCUUCAAGCAGACGACUUUCUUCAGGACUACACUUUAUUGAUCAACAUCCUUCAUAGUGAAGACCUAGGAAAGGAUGUGGAAUUUGAAGUUGUUGGUGAUGCCCCAGAAAAAGUGGGGCCCAAACAAGCUGACGAUGCUGCCAAAAGCAUAACCAAUGGCAGUGAUGAUGGAGCUCAGCCUUCGACCUCCACAGCACAAGAGCAAGACGAUGUGCUCAUAGUUGAUUCAGAUGAAGAAGGUCCUUCAAAUAAUGCUGACAUCAGUGCAGAAGAGAGGAGUCGCAAGAGGAAAUUGGAUGAGAAAGAGAAUAUCAGUACAAAGAGGUCACGCACAGAACAGACAAAAGACCUUGAUGAUGUUAUAGCAUUAGACUGA